CAGCCAUAAUUAAGGGAACGCCGAGCGCGAUGAUCGGCAUCGCCCUGACCAUCGUGCUGACCCUGGGCCAUCGAUCACACGCAGGUGUGAUAGCUCUGGAGCGGGACGAGACUUACCACGGCCAGCAAACAACGCUGGAGGAUGCUUUCCAUGGUCGGCACGCCUCGUUGGUCAGCUCAUACGUGCAGUUCCAUGGACCGGUCGAGGGACCAGACUACGAGGUGAAAGUGCCGCGUGCUGCGGAGUACCACGAUGACAGCAACCAUUUGCACGGACAAGAGCACAACUACGCGGUGGACUACGUGGCGCAUCCAAAGUACGAGUUCUCGUACGGCGUUGAGGACCAACACACCGGGGACUUCCACAACCAGAAGGAGGCCAGAGACGGAAACAGCGUGUCCGGCGAGUACAGCGUGAAGGAGCCUGGCGGUAGUAUCCGUGUCGUCAGAUACCACGCCGACAAGGACGGAUUUCAUGCCGUGGUUCACACUUCCGGCGAGAACGACCACGCUGGGGGCUUGUACGGUGGUCAAGGCCAGGCUCAGGUUCACGAUCACCAGACGGCUACGCAACAGGAACAAGACGUUCCCCAUUACGCCGCCAACGAGGAGGAAUACUGA